AUGGAAAGGUUUGCCAUUGAAACUGCCCAUGAAUACGAGUCCCCGACAGGAAACAAUCAGGAAGACGAACAGAAUCGCAACAUGGUUCUCAGGGACUUCCUCUCAGACGAAGACACCUUUGCCCAGCCAGCAACUCAGAAUUUUGUUGAUUUCGACAAGAACGACAAAAUAAAUUUGAGUAAUGCAGCCGCCGAUGCGGUAAAUAGAUACUUCGAGAGGCAGCCGGAAACCUCCAAGACCAAGCAGCACAACCUGCCUAUCCAGAACAAGAACUUCGCCGGCAGAGACCAGGACCUCCACAGCAUCGACGAACUUCUGUCCUCGGCAGCUCGAAUAUGCCUUCUCACCGGUGUUUCGGGAAUCGGGAAGACAGCUACAGCAAUUCAAUACGCAUACCGCUUCGGCGAUGAGUACUCUUACGUCUUUUGGGUGGAGGCUGAAGCACCGGGCCUCCUUGCCGAUAAAUAUGCCACGAUAGCCGAGGCUCUUGACCUAAGCCGCGAUGGUGGACAGGAUGACAACAGCAUCAUCUUCCGCGUAAGAGAGCAUCUGAUGAAAUUAGAAAAAAGAUGGUUGCUUAUACUUGACAACGCUACCACCUGGACUGACAUCAGCCCGUAUAUCACCAAGGCCUUAAUGUUAAGCAAAGGAUCUGUUCUCAUCACUACCAAAGAGAAUCCCUUCCGGGCUGCACCAAACUGGCUCCGCCAAAGUCAUGUACAACUGGGACCCUUGUCUGUAGAUCACGGACGAGAGUUUCUUCUCACCUCCAUUCAUCCGCGCGUUCGGAUUGAGGAUCUUCAUGAAGAUGAAGAUUAUGAGCUCGCGGCAAAGACCAUCAGUAUGUUGAAUGGCCUUCCUUUGGCCAUCAGCAUGGUGGUUGGGUAUGUGAAAGAGUCCGGAUGCAGUCUUGGAGAUUUCCUCGAGAUGUGGGAUGAAAAGGAGUCAAGAAGCAAGAAACCGGGCAAGACAGGCAACGUCCUUGGCAGCAGCGUCGAUAACACUGUUGAUUCCUUGUGGGAUAUUGGAAUCCGUGAGGUUCCGAGCAACAGUCGAAAACUGCUCAAUAUCAUGUCUUUUCUGAAUGCAGAUAAGAUACCGAAGAGUCUGCUGGUCGGUGAUCACGAAGAGGACUACCUAGAUUUCUUGAACGCCUCAGAAGUCUUGAGCUACAAACGAAUGAUCAAUAAGCUGAGUAGUCGCAGGCUUAUUUCCUGGAAGGAGACACCCACUGGAGAGAUUGAAUACUCUAUUCACAGAAUACUCCAGGAGAAGAUUAUGGUAGACAUGGACGACUAUAGCAUCGCCGAUGCCUUUCGCAAGACAUUUCGUCUUCUGCGAAAGAGGUUCCCACGGGCCGAUCACCAGCAGGUCCCCAAUCCAUCAAAUUGGGGAGCUUGUCAGGCAUACAUGCCUCACAUCGAGAGUUUUCACCAAACAUUCUGCCGAGAGAAGGAUAGGAUUGAGUCUCUUGCGGGUGUGAAGAAGCUUGAACUGGUGAAACUCUUCUAUGACGCGGGCUUUCAUAUCUGGUCAAGGCGUGGUACUCUCUACAACGGACAGACAAUGCUGGAGACUGCGGUCAGUCUCCUCGACUCAAUUCAGUACGAUCGAGACUCAAAGCUCCGCGCAGAUAUAAACUGUAUGCUGGGGCUCUUGAGGCUCGAGAUGAGCUGCGAGGAGCGCGUAGAAGGCGGACGUCACCUACUCGAAGCUCGCCGCAUCCGCGAGGUCAUCUCCCGGCAGCGUCCAGACGACCACGACACUGACGUGCUGUACAUGAACGCCAUCUCUGAUUACGCUCUGUGCUUGUUGAACGACCACAAGUUCGACGAGGCAGGCGAGGAAAUGCGGAAAUGUUUCGAGCGCUACAAAACAUGGGGACCGGAGUCCGACAACCCGUUCGAGAAUUCCAAAUUCUAUGGUAACUACAGCAUCGUCUUGAUGUUUCAGGGGAAGAUGGAUGAGGCCAUUCGUUCGGUGAAAGAUUGCCUCGACCUGACUCUAAAGUUCUCCGGGAAGAAGGCUCAGUGGUACCGCCGACUGUUCUUAUUGGCAUGUAUCUAUCUCCAAGUGGGAGAUCGCCAGCAGGCGUUGGAUUUGCAUCUCGAAACGUUGCAAGCCAGGGUGGAUAUUGACGGGAAGUACGAUGCGAACUUCAUUCUCAGUCUCUAUGCUGUUGGGGCCAUGUACUACCACCUGGGUAACGUGGAGGAAGCUACUGUCUGGCGACCCAUUGAAGACCCGGUCCAAGACUAUCCGUUGGCAUGCUGUGACUCCACGUCCGUCCUCGACGAGGAUCUCAUCGAGUGCGACCAUGUUCGCAGGAAGUUCAAGGGCUCCACCCUCUAUGCGCAUCAUCGCGAAGGCCAUAAGUGGUACUACCUCGGCGAGCAGCGACCGGAAGAAGCGUUGCUGAUCAAAAUGUUUGACUCAGACUCGGGCACAAAGGCUCAACGUGAGACCCAUAUUCUUUUGUGUUUCUUCAUAUGA